UGAUCAGCAGGGGGAGGUAGUUGGUAGCCGGUAGCCGGUAGCUGCUCGCUGCUCUCAGGCUCUGGAUUAAAGACAGCGCUGUUGUUAUGAUGGAGGAGCGGCUCUGAGACAGAUUCUUAGAAGUUGAGCAUCAUACUGAAGUCAUGAAUCGACCAAAGCCAACCGGCAUCAGGCGCCCGAGCGGGGCCAAAACAUCAGGUCAUCCUCCUCCAGGAGACUUCAUAGCUCUGGGGGCUAAGAGCCAGGCCAGUGAGGCCAAGGCGAAUCCAGCACUGCUGAAACCAGCUGCUGCGGGUUUACCGGCAGACCGCAAGAGAGAGGCUUCCUCAGCUCUGCCGUCCUCCUCAGGCCUGUCCAGCCUGGCUAAACGGCCGAAACACUCCUCCACCCCUCCCAGCGCUCUCUCACGACUGGCUGAAGUAGCUGCUGUUGACAAACGGGCAAUAUCUCCCUCCAUCAAGGAGCCGUCUGUUGUGCCUAUUGAGGUUCCUCCUGCUGUGCUCCUGGAUGAGAUCGAAGCAGCAGAGUCUGAAGGCAACGAUGAUCGCAUUGAGGGAGUUCUCUGUGGGGCCGUCAAGCAGCUGAAGAUGAACCGGGCCAAGCCUGACGUCACCCUGUACCUCAGCCUGAUGUUCCUGGCUAAGAUUAAGCCCAACUUGUUUGCUACAGAAGGAGUGAUUGAGGCCCUGUGCAGCCUUCUUCGCCGGGAUGCCUCCAUUAACUUUAAAGCAAAGGGUAACAGCCUGGUGUCCGUUCUGGCCUGUAACCUUCUCAUGGCAGCUUAUGAAGAGGAUGAGAACUGGCCUGAGAUCUUUGUAAAAGUAUAUAUCGAAGAUUCUCUUGGGGAGCGAAUCUGGGUGGAUAGUUCACACUGUAAAACCUUCGUAGACAACAUUCAGACAGCUUUCACCACCAAGAUGCCCCCGAAGAGUAUGCUGCUUCAGACUGAGACUGGACGCCCUGGAGGGGAUCUCAGUGCUGGUAACAGCCCUCAUCCUUCCACUCCUGAUGAAGAUGAUAAUCAGACUGAACUUCUGAUCGCUGAGGAGAAACUCAGUCCAGAGGAAGAAGAGCAGGUCAUGCCCAGGUAUGAUGAGCUGGCGGAGAGCGUGGAGGACUAUGUGCUGGACAUGUUGAAGGACCAGCUGAACCGCAGACAGCCAAUGGACAACGUGUCCAGGAACCUGCUGCGUCUGCUCACGGCCACCUGCGGCUACAAGGAGGUGCGGCUGAUGGCCGUGCAGAGGCUGGAGAUGUGGCUGCAGAAUCCUAAGUUGACGAGACCAGCGCAGGACCUCCUCAUGUCUCUGUGUAUGAACUGCAGAACUCACGGAUCCGACGACAUGGAGGUGAUCUCCAACCUCAUCAAGAUCCGUCUGAAGCCCAAAGUGCUGCUGAACCACUACAUGCUGUGUGUCAGGGAGCUCCUGAAUGCGCACAGAGACAACCUGGGCACCAUGGUUAAAUUUGUGAUAUUUAACGAACUGUCCAAUGCCAGAAAUCCUAACAACAUGCAGGUGCUUCAUACAGUCCUGCAGCACAGCCCAGAGCAAGCGCCCAAGUUCCUGGCCAUGGUGUUCCAGGACCUGCUGACCAAUAAGGAUGAUUAUCUGCGAGCAUCACGUGCCCUGCUGAGGGAGAUCAUCAAGCAGACCAAGCACGAGAUCAACUUCCAGUCCUUCUGCCUGGGACUCAUGCAGGAGAGGAAGGAGGCCACCUAUGUGGACAUGGAGUUUAAAGAGCGAUUUGUUAUCCAGGUAACAGAUCUGCUGACCGUGUCCAUGAUGCUGGGCAUCACAGCACAGGUCAAAGAAGCUGGCAUUGCCUGGGACAAAGGAGAGAAGAAGAAUCUGGAGGUUCUCAGAUCCUUUCAGAACCAGAUCGCUGCCAUCCAGAGAGAUGCUGUGUGGUGGCUGCACACUGUGGUUCCUACCAUCAGCAAACUGGGGCCUAAAGACUAUGUGCACUGCCUCCACAAAGUGCUGUUCACAGAGCAGCCUGAGACAUACUACAAGUGGGAUAACUGGCCUCCUGAAAGCGACAGGAAUUUCUUCCUGCGUCUGUGCUCGGAGGUUCCUCUGCUGGAGGACACACUGAUGCGCAUUUUGGUGAUCGGCCUGUCGAGAGACCUGCCUCUGGGCCCGGCUGAUGCCAUGGAGCUGGCUGAUCACUUGGUAAAAAGAGCUGCAGGGGUCCAGUCUGAUGAUCUGAACGUGUUGCGUGUGGAGAGGAUUCAGCUGAUUGAUGCUGUGCUGAACUUGUGUACAUACCAUCAUCCAGAGAACAUCCAGCUUCCUGCAGGAUACCAGCCUCCAAAUCUGGCCAUAUCUACUCUUUACUGGAAGGCCUGGCUGCUGUUGCUUGUGGUAGCCGCCUUCAACCCGCAGAAAAUCGGUCUUGCUGCCUGGGAUGGAUAUCCCACUCUCAAAAUGCUGAUGGAGAUGGUCAUGACCAACAACUACUCCUACCCUCCGUGCACGGUGGCUGAUGAGGAAACUAAGACGGAGAUGAUCAGCCGUGAGCUGCAGGUCUCUCAGAAGGAGCGUCAGGAGAUCCUGGCCUUCGAGAGCCACCUGGCAGCGGCCUCCACCAAGCAGACCAUCACAGAGAGCAAUAGCCUCCUGCUCUCUCAGCUCACGAGCCUGGAGCCAAAAGGGCCUCCACGCAGACCCCCGCCCCACGUUCAGGAGCAGGUGAAGAGUCUGAACCAGUCCCUGCGCCUGGGCCACCUGCUGUGCCGCAGCCGCAACCCGGACUUCCUGCUCAACAUCAUCCAGAGACAGGCAUCCUCCCAGUCCAUGCCAUGGCUGGCUGACCUGGUACAGUCCAGUGAGGGGUCUUUGGAUGUGUUGCCAGUUCAGUGCCUGUGUGAAUUCCUCCUCCAUGAUGCAGCUGAUGAAACUCCCUCUGCUGAUGAUGAAGAAGAAGGAGAGAGCAAAGAGCAGAGGGCAAAGAAAAGACAGAGGCAGCAGAAGCAGAGGCAGCUCCUGGGCCGGCUUCAGGACCUGCUGUUGGGGCCUAAGGCAGAUGAGCAGACCACCCAUGAAGUGCUGGACUACUUCUUGCGUCGACUUAGCUCCUCUCAGGUGGCAUCCAGAGUUCUCGCUAUGAAGGGUCUGUCUCUGGUGCUGACUGAAGGUGGGCUGAAGGACGGAGAGGAGCGGGAUCAGCCCAUGGAGGAGGAUUCCAGGGAUGCUGAGUUGCUGCCAGCUUACCAGUGGCUCCUGCAGGACAUGCCCAAACUGCCACUGUUCGACAGUGUGAGGAGCAUGACGGCCAGCGCCCUGCAGCAGGCCGUUCACAUGGAGACAGAUCCUCAGACCAUCAGCGCUUAUCUCAUCUACCUCUCCCAGCAUGCACCAGUGGAGGAGCAGAGCUUGCAUAACGAUUUGGCACUUGACGUGGCCAGGCUGAUCGUGGAGCGCUCCACCAUCAUGAACAGUCUGUUCUCUAAGCACUCCUUCAGGCCGGAGUCCGACGCCGUGCUCGCCGCCCUCAUCUCCAUUUUCUCCACCUACAUUCGCCGCAUGAGGAAGACGAAGGAGGGCGAGGACCUGUACAGCUGGUCGGAGUCUCAGGACCAGGUGUUUCUGCGCUGGACCUCGGGUGAAACGGCUACUAUGCACAUUUUGGUGGUUCAUGCUAUGGUCAUUCUGCUCACACUGGGGCCACCCAAAGGUGAAAGUGACUUCUUCACCCUGCUGGAUAUCUGGUUCCCAGAUAAGAAGCCCCUUCCCACUGCUUUCUUGGUGGACACAUCUGAAGAGGCGCUUCUGUUGCCUGAUUGGCUGAAGCUACGGAUGAUUCGCUCUGAGGUCUCCCGAUUGGUUGAUGCAGCACUGCAGGAUCUGGAGCCGCAGCAGCUGCUGCUGUUUGUGCAGUCGUUCGGCAUCCCUGUGUCCAGCAUGAGCAAACUGCUGCAGUACCUGGACCAGGCCGUCUCCCACGACCCGCAGACGCUGGAGCAGAACAUCAUGGACAAGAACUACAUGGCUCAUCUUGUGGAGGUGCAGCAUGAGAGAGGAGCCACCGGAGGGCACACUUUCCACAGCUUACUCAGCGCCUCACUUCCUCCCCGCAGAGACAGUGCAGAGGUGAGCAGGGCUAAAGUCACAGUGGAGACGCCCCACGGCUCAGUGAAGAUGAGGAGCUUGGGUCAGGUGCCCGUCAUUGGACCUGAAGAUGACCUCGCUGGUGUCCUGCUACAGCUGUUCCCUCUGAAGGUGGACCCGCGCUGGCCCACACCCCCUGCCCGUCCUCUGGCUCUGGCCCUGCAACAGACUCUGGCUCAGGAGGUCCUGCGUGCUCGGCAGGGACACGGCCAGCAGGGCGGCGUUGCUGCGCGCCUCCUCCAGGCCCUGGCUGCCCUGCUGAGCUCCUCCCAUGCUGGACCUCUGCUCUUGGCAAUGCACCAGAGCCACGCCAUCUCCUGUCCUCUGCUGCGCCAGCUGCACCUGUACCAGCGGCUGAUGUCUCAGGACGUGGCGUUCGCCUCGCUCUUCUUUAAGGUGCUGAUGCAGAUGUUGACCUGGUUGGAGAGCUCGACGGUGGAGCCGGGACCCCUCAACACCCUGCUGAAGUCUCUGGCUGCCCAGUACUCUCACAAGCACCGCAUCACUGACGUGCGUUCAGGCUUCCUGCACCUGGCUGAGGCUCUGGCGUACAGACGGGACUCAGAAGUGCCGGUGAGGGGAGUCAUCGCCUCGCUGAAGGCUGGAGAGAGAUGCAACGCUGAGCCUGAGCUCAUCAUUAAAGUUCUGCAGGGUCUGAUGGAGAUGAAGUCUCCAUAUCUGGAGGAGCUGCUGUCUCUGCUGAUGACCGCGGGCACAGAGACGGGGGCGCCCGGCAGCACCGCCAGCCUGGUAGCCAUGCUGAUCUCUCUGCUGCUGCAGGAGACGGAGGAGAGGGGGGUGAAGGUGGAGGCGGAGUCUAAAGUGAGUUCCGAGGGUAAAAGAACCGGUUCUAGUUCAGGGCUGUUGGUGGACUGGCUUGAGCUGCUCGACCCUGAGGUGACCUCUGUCUGCUCAGACCUCCAGCAAAAGCUGCUCUUCUCUUUAAAUAAGCAGAGUAAAGCUGGAGGAGUGUGUGUAGCCCCCUCAUACAGACCCUACCUGCUGGCCCUGCUCACUCACCAGUCUAACUGGAGCACUUUACACCAGUGCAUCAGCUCACUGCUCAACAGACCCAGAGAGCACAGGGUGGACCCCUCCUCAGCUCUGGACUUCCUGUGGGCCUGCAGUCACAUUCCUCGUAUCUGGCAGGGCAGAGACCAGAAAACUCCACAGAAGCGCACAGAGAAGUUUGUGUUGAAGCUCUCCGCUGAUGAGCUGAUCAGUCUGGUGGAUCUGAUUCUGUGCGAGUCAGAGCUGAGCUGGAGGGACACGGGUCAGGCUAAAGACACUCUGGACCAGGCCUCGUGCUCCCUAAUCCAGUCUCGCUUACCCCUGCUCCAGAGCUGCUGCCAUGGGGACCUGCAGAGCGUCCGCAAGGUCUCCGAGUACCUCAUCAACUGCGUCAAGAAGUGGGGAGACAGUGUGAUGAGCAAGAGGUGUGAGAACCUGCUGCUGCAGAUCUACCUGCAGUUCCCUGAGGUCAUCCAGCAUGUCCCCAUGCCUGACGCUACCCUGAGCGGCGAGGCUGCUGGUGAUGGAAGCACCUGCAAGCUGGAUGUUCUGGUGCAUCGUCUCAUCACUCUUCUAGCUGAUACAGGAGAGUCCAAAUCAACAGAGAACCGAGCUUCCGACGCCAACCUGGCCUGCAGGAAGUUAGCAGUGUCACACCCUGUACUUCUGCUUCGGCACCUCCCCAUGAUCGCUGCUCUACUGCACGGCCGGACCCACCUCAACCUUCAGGAGUUAAAGAGGCAGCAGCACCACCUGACCUUCUUCAGCGACGUUCUGGCCAUCCUGGAGCUGCUGCAGCCAAUGGUCUUCCAGUCAGACCACCAGAGGGCGCUGCAGGACUGUCUUCUGUCCUUCAUUAAAGUCUUGCAGAACUUCAGGAGAUUGUCCCGUAUCCCAAUCAUCAGCAAAUUUGUGCAGUUCAUUCAGAAAUACAUUACCCAUGAUGCAGCUGCUGCUGUACCUUAUCUUCAGAAGCAUUCAGAUAUUCUACAGGGUCUCUCCUCAGAGAACCCAGACCUGGUGCAGCUGAAGUCUCUGCUGGCUGGUCUGACUCUGCCUGUGAAGACGGGAUCCUCAGAGAUCUCCACAGAGGACAAAGACACGGCUGAAGAAUCGUCUGCUGGCUCUCUGCCACUGGUCAGUAUUUCAGCCUCCACGCCGCUCACUUCAGCAGACAUGACCAAAUACCUGAAGAAGAUCUCCAGAGGGGAAGCCAUUGAAGAUGUGCUGGAGGUCUUAACUGAAGUGGAUGAGAAGUCCAAGAGGAAUCCUGAAAUAAUCCAGUAUUUUGUUAAUGACCUGCAGAGGCUGAUGAGCUCACCUGAGGAGCUGUGUCGCAAUAUGGUCUUCAGUCUGGCGCUGCGCUGCAUUCAGAACACGCCCAGUCUGGCAUCAGACUUCCUGCCUACCUUCAUGUAUUGUCUGGGCAGUGGGAACUUUGACGUUGUCCAAACAGCCCUGAGGAACCUUCCAGAAUACGUGCUGCUCUGCCAAGAGCACGCUGACAUUCUGCUCCAUAAGGCCUUCUUAGUGGGGAUCUACGGCCAGAUUGACACCAGCUCCAUGAUCUCAGAGUCAAUGAAGGUCCUGCACAUGGAGGCCACCACUUAGAACUCCUGUUCCUGUUCUAUUCAGUCUUAAUAUACUAGUGCAUCUCAAAAAAAGUUCAAAUAAUAUCAUUAAAAAGUUAAUUUAUUUCAGUAAUUCAGUUCAGAAUGUGAAACUCAUAUACUAUAUAGAUGUAUUACACACAGAGUCUUCCAGCCAAUGAAAACCCAAACAUUAGUGUCUCAGAAAAUUAGAAUAUUAUAUAAGACCAAUUGGUACUUUUGGCAGUGUGCCAAGUCCUGCUGGAAAAGGAAAUCCACAGCUUUAUAAAAAUGGCCAGCAGUGGGAAGCAUAAUGGUUUGGAGAGACAUGUCAUCUGCUGGUGUUGAUCCACUGCGUUUUAUUAUCAAGUCUAAAGUCAGUGCAGUUUUGUUUUCCCACAAACGUUUACAGCACUUCAUGCUUCCCUCUGCUACUGACAACUUUUAUAGAGAUGUGGAUUUCAUUUUCCAGCAGGACUUGGCACACUGCCCACACUGCCAAUAGUACCAAUUGUUCUUAUAUAAUAUUCUAAUUUUCUAAGAUACUGAUUUUUGGGUUUUCAUUGGCUGUAAGCCAUAAUCAUCAACAAUAAAAUAAAUAAAAAUAAAUAAAAAUAGAUCAUCUUUGUGUAAUACACCUAUAUAGUAUAUUCAUUUCAUAUUUUGAACUGAAUUACUGAAAUAAAGCAACUAUUCAAUGAUAUUUUAAUUUUUUAAGAUGCACUAGUAGAUCAGUUACUGUUUUCCCCAGAUGUUUAGCUGCAUCAGACCUGCAUGUCCAGGUCAUGCAUAAAUCAAAUUCUCUUUUUUAAAUCCUAUGUUUAACAUCAGUUUAUUAAAUGUGCUUUUAAGUGGAUUUUGAUUUAAUU